AAUGAAAGCUUUGAUAAAAUACCGCUACCGAUUUAGAUAAAUAAAAUAAUACCAAGGAUCUCAUGGAGAAACGCCGGAGAAAGACGGCCCAAAAGCGCCGUUUUCAAGAUGAAGAAUUCUGCCGGAUUUGCAAGGAUGGUGGCGAUCUACUGUGCUGUGACUCCUGUCCCUCAGUUUACCACAGGACCUGCCUAAAUCCUCCACUGGACUCGGUUCCCAAAGGCGAUUGGCACUGCCCACGCUGCAGUCCGCCGCCUGGAAAACCGGAGAAGAUUAUCUCCUGGCGAUGGACUGGCCAAGAAACCUCCACUUCAACGAGAUCCAAAGGACCAAGAGUGCGCGAGUUCUUCAUCAAGUGGCACAACUUGUCCUACUGGCAAUGCACUUGGUUGCCCGAAGUGCAGAUGCACCUGCAUCAUUCCUUGACGGUCCGUGCCUUCCAGAGGAAGUACGACAUGGAGGAGCCACCCACUUUUGAGGAGUUCGAGGACAAAACGGUGGAGCUGUCGGAUCGCUUCUAUAAGAACGGCGUAAAGCCGGACUGGCUCAUUGUCCAGCGCGUGAUCAACCAUCGUAAGGAGCCAGAAGGCAACGUGAUAUAUCUGGUGAAGUGGCGGGAUCUACCCUACGAAAAUACCACCUGGGAGGAGGAAGACGCUGACAUCCCCAGCCUUAGGAAGGCUAUCGACUUCUACCACGAUCUUCUAGCAGCUAGAACCAAAUCCACGGUCAAGAAUAAGCCCACUACGGACUUGAAGAAGCAGUACGAGGGUCAGCCUGCUUUCUUAAAGGAAACUGGCCUACAGCUGCAUCCGUUUCAGAUCGAGGGCAUCAACUGGCUGCGCUACAGCUGGGGCCAGGGAAUCAACACCAUCCUGGCCGACGAGAUGGGUCUGGGCAAGACCAUUCAAACGGUGACAUUCCUGUACUCCCUGUAUAAGGAGCGCCACUGCCGCGGACCCUUUCUCAUAGCCGUGCCCCUCUCCACACUCCUCAACUGGGAGCGGGAGCUGGAGCUCUGGGCUCCAGAUUUAUACUGCCUCACCUAUACGGGCAACAAGGCCUCCAGAGCGGUGAUUCGGAUAAACGAGCUGAGCUUCGAAAAGGGCUCCAAUACUCGGUGCAAGUUUCAUGUGCUGUUGACCAGCUACGAACUGAUCACCUUGGACGCCCAGUACCUGCAAAAGGUUGAGUGGACCGCGCUGGUUGUGGACGAAGCCCAUCGGCUCAAAAACGACAAGAGCCAGUUCUUCCGGAUCCUGAACAGGUACCAAAGCAUUAACUACAAGCUGUUGCUUACCGGUACACCGCUACAAAACAAUCUCCAGGAGCUGUUCCACUUACUCAACUUCUUGAGCCCAGAUAAGUUUAAAGAUUUGCAGGCCUUUCAGCACGAGUUCACUGAUAUUUCCAGGGAGGAGCAGAUAAAGCGCAUGCACGAGAUGCUAGAACCGCACAUGUUGCGCCGCUUGAAGGCGGAUGUGGUGAAGAACAUGCCCUCCAAGGCGGAGUUUAUUGUGCGCGUGGAGCUGUCGGCCAUGCAGAAGAAAUUCUACAAAUGCAUCCUGACCAAGAACUUCAAGGCUUUGAAUUCGAAAAGCGGCGGAGGAUCAUGUUCGCUACUAAACAUUAUGAUGGAGCUAAGGAAGUGCUGCAAUCAUCCCUACCUUUUCCCCUCGGGCUCCGAGGAGGCCACCACCUCAAUGGGUGGUCUCUACGAGAUCAACUCCCUGACCCAGGCUGCUGGGAAGCUGGUGCUACUCUCCAAGAUGCUAAAACAGCUGAAGGCGCAAAAUCAUCGCGUGUUGAUCUUUUCGCAGAUGACCAAGAUGCUUAACAUUCUUGAGGACUUUCUCGAAGGAGAAGAGUACCAGUACGAGCGGAUUGACGGUACAAUCAGAGGCUCAUUGCGUCAGGAGGCAAUCGAUAAAUUCAAUUCGCCCAGAACACAGCUAUUUGUCUUCCUUUUGAGCACUCGAGCAGGAGGAUUGGGUAUCAAUUUGGCAACGGCCGACACUGUCAUCAUUUACGACUCGGAUUGGAAUCCGCACAACGAUGUUCAGGCUUUGGCCCGAGCCCAUCGCAUCGGUCAGACCAAAAAGGUGAUGAUCUAUCGCUUUGUGACACGCAAUACGGUGGAGGAGCGCAUCAUGCAGGUGGCCAAGCACAAGAUGAUGCUCACUCAUCUUGUGGUGCGCCCGGGAAUGGGCGGCAAGACUGACAAUUUUACGAAGCAAGAGCUCGACGAUGUCCUUCGCUUUGGCACCGAGGACCUCUUUAAGGAGAACGGCAUGGAGGAGGCCAUCCACUAUGACGAUAAGGCGGUGGCCGAGCUGCUAGAUCGCAGCAAUCGUGGCAUUGAGGAGAAGGAAUCCUGGUCCAAAGAGUAUCUUUCUUCGUUCAAGGUGGCGUCCUACGUCACUAAGAAAGUGGAGGAUGCAGAUACUGAGAACAAGGAUCCGGCUUACUGGAACAAUCUGCUGGCCCAAAGCCACCAGCAGAACCAGGAAGACGUCGUGCGCGGCAUGGAAAAAACCAAGCGAGUCCGCAAGAGGGUUAACUAUAAGGAUGGAGUUGUUUUGUCUGCCAAUAACUCAAUUCAAGACCUGGACCCCAAUUGGCAGCCAACAAAAUAUAUUAACCAGAAAGCUAUCUCCGAAAAUACCCAUCCGUCGCCAUCUAAUGCCGUAAUAACAUAAGUAAUGAUAGUACAAAAUCGGUCUUAUACGCUGACCCUAUAAAAUGUAAGCGUUCGAUUUAAUAUAUAUUUAUAUAAAUUAAGACAGAAACUUGUUGAACUAAUAACUCUUUAAUUUUUGAAUAGCACAUUUCUAUGUUCUUUAACUUUUUAUUGCUCAUUAUCAACACUUGGAAAAUCGUUGUCAUCCACUGUUGAUUAACUGUAUUCGGAUUAUGCUUGGCCUUAGAGUUUCUAGAAUCGAUAGCAGGCA